GUGAUUCAGUUUGGUGUGUUUCAUUGUUGCCUUAUGUCAGCUUUUAUUUAGGACGAUAAAAAUGACUAAGUUGCAGCUCUUAAGACAAUAUUUAACGGAGCGCCUGAUGGAGGCCGUACGGGAAAUCCUCGAAGUGGUUGGAGACACGGUGUCAGAGUACCAGGAGGAAACGGCCAGGGCGCAGCGGGAGAACGAGAGCCUUAGGCGGAGACUCAGGGAGGUGGUGCUGGUGGCCGAAGCGCCCUGGGCGGGAGAUGUGCAGUCUGUUGCUGUCCCCAUUUCUGGGGGGAGGUCCCCAGCAGAUCAGGAGCUGGGUGGGCAAGAAUGGAGCCCGCAUCUCGGACAGGAUGUAGAGGCUGCUCCCACUGAAGAUCCCUGCAGAUCUGAAAAGAUGGGGGAGGAGCUUGGUGGGCAGCAGCCGGCCUGUGUGGUGGAGGCGGACCCUGAGGGUUCAACACAAGGACUGAAAAAGCUGGCACUUGAGAUUGCUCUGUCAGUGGUCUCGCCUCUGGACGCCUGUGCUGAGCCAAAUGCCGCACAGACAGUAAAGAAUACGGUCGCUGAGGCGCUGACCGUUGGACCCGCAGAGCAGGAAACACCCAGCUUGCGACCCGAUCAAGUCAAAACUGAGCCUGGUGAAGUGGACCUUAAGUCUGAGCAGCCUGCAGAUCUAGGCCACAGUCCGAAAGUGCAAGAUACCCUGGGUGAAGCAAGCGUGGGGAUCCUUUCAGAUGUCCCAGUUACUGGGGAUGUAGAUGAGUGUAAUUCCCAAGAAGUCGAGUGCAGGUCAAACGAGCCCCUGAAUGAGAAUUAUUUUGUUAGUUAUGUGGGAGAAAAACAGCACUGCUGUUUCUACUGCGGAAAGUUCUUUAGCCAGAUCUGCAAUCUUAAAACACACCUGCAGAUACACAGUGGCGAAAGGCCCUACAGUUGCAACUGGUGUGGUAAGUCAUUUACUCAGUCUGCAGAUCUACGGCGGCACCAGCGGAUCCACACAGGGGAAAAACCGCAUCGAUGCACGUGGUGCGAGAAAAGUUUCACUCAAAUCGGAAACCUCAAAAGGCACUUGCGCAUUCACACCGGGGAGAGACCUUACCGCUGCACCUUGUGUGGGAAGACUUUCAAUGAUGGAGAUACGCUGAAGAAACACAAACGAAUCCACACCGGGGAGAGACCUUUCUACUGCACGCACUGCUCGAAGACAUUCACAGUAGCGAGCAGCCUUCACAAUCAUUUCAAAAACCACUUGAUGGAAAAUAACCAGCACAUGUCCAUGAACACGAGUGAUAUCUCCUUGGUACAGCACAUAAAGCCUACUUCAGCCCAGCACACUUUGGCCACACCCAGCCCUACAUAGCCAAGUGAGUCACCAAGGGUGUGGCUUGGACAGCACAUGCGUCCCUUAGGUAAGUGAGGGAGCAGGCCGGUCAGCUAGAGCCCCAGCAAAAGCACGGUCAGGCUGCCUGAAGUGUGUGUCUCUCUCUCGCUCCUGCAGCUUAAGGGAGAUUGACUGAGAAGCUGGAGACCAGCAACAGUUUGCCACAUGUCACGGAGUCCGUAGUGACUAGUGUCAGAAGUCUGGGGAGGCAGCAUGCGCCCAGGCGGACUGGGUUCUCGUCGCAGAGUCAUCAAGAGUCGUGGGCCCUGACUCCAUCCAGCCAAUACAACAUUUGCUCCCUCAUGAGAUGUUUAACCCAUCCUUUGUAAAUUACAGGGACUGCUGUAAAUUACAGGAACUGUGUUGUCUCUGUCUUGUGAAUCGUUUUGAUCUCAUUCUGAAUUGGCGGGUGUCACCCUUUAAUUGGAAUAACACUAUAUGUUCGCUGCUGUAACAUUCACAGACUUGGAAAUAUGUUAGAUCAGAGUGGAUUGUGCCGAGUAGUUGUAAUGAAUGUGACUUGGGUGUUUUCCCCCGAUCACAGCACAGUGCAGGCUUCGUUAGGCUAUUAGGCAUCUGUGUGGGUGAUCCUUCGUAAUAAUUCCCCCCCCCCCCCCCCCCAUUUUUUCUGAAAAGCUGCAGUCACAGCACACAACUGCAUGAUUAGCGCCUCUCUGUUUAUGCAGCAAUAAAGAUUAAAAAUAGAUGAGAUUGCUUCUUGUCCAGGGUCUCCUUCUCGUGUGACGGUUCUGUCUUCUCUCCCUCAGCACAGCACAGGAAGCCACUUUUAAUGCGAGUUCUAGCAGCUGUAUUUAACUUCCAGACUCCGGCAGCGUGCCGAAGCAGAUUGCUGUGUGUUAUCAUGUCCUCAUGCGUGGUGGUGAUGGCGGAUUGCAAUUAAAGCUUGUUGCGGCUACAUGUUCCUUGUCUUUCAGGGCUGGCCCUGGUUCCAUUAGGCUCUGCAGGUGUCCCAGCCCUAUUUUAAACAGCUCGCUGCACUUUAUAAGAAGGGUGAAGGACAAAAAGUAGUGCAGCCGAGCGUGCAAGUGCUUAAGUGCUCACCUGAGGACACUGCUGCCCCCUGGAGCCUAAUUUACAUCCAGACAGAACAAACAUUGAAUAGUGAGGUGAGUAGAAGGUCAGGUGCUCAGGAUUUUAUUCAACUUUUCAUUACAGGUUAUUAUGAGAGGGACACAGUUCUUUAAAAAUAAAUAUAAACCAAAUGCAGUUUCACUUCAGCACAGCACGACUGGAACGUAAUGCAUUCGUAUCGUGGUACAACAGCCGUAUAGGAGAACUAACCGCAAACAGAUUUUCACGUAUCCCCUUAAUGACUAUUUAGAAAGCUUCAGCGCAAAAACUGAAUGCUGCAAGUAUAGUAGUGUAGAUGUAAGGUAACUAGUCUAACAUGUAUUACGGUAACGAGACGUUGAGUCCUGCCUUCACCACGUCACGUGACCAGGAAGCGGGACACAAAAAAACUUGCCUGCUGCUCGACUUCAGGGGGGUUUGAAAGCUGGAGAAGCGACAUGACUAAGCUACAACUUUUGAAUGAUUAUUUGACCGAGCGCCUAAUGGCUGCCGUACGGGAGAUACUGGAGGUGGUGGGGAGCACCGUGCUGGAAUAUGAGGAGGAAAGCGCCCGGGCGCAGCGGGAAAUCGAGCUGUUGCGGCGGAGGCUGCGGGACGCCGGAGCGGAAGCACCAGUUUGGCCCGAAGCUUCACAUCCAAUAGAGAACCUCGAGCCCGAAGCAGUGUCCCCCACUGAGCCGGAGCUGGAAGGGCAGGACUGGAGCUUCCAGAGGGAGAUUUCUCCCAGUGAGGAAAAGCUCUGCGUCGGGCAGCGGCAGCAGGAGGCCAGCAUGCAGUGUCUGCCGUUUACGCCACCUGGCUUGAAGAGUGACCACGAGCAGGACUCAGAGCUGCCGGAACUUUUCAAAGUCCAGAUCGAGAGUCCCACAGAGGAGCCGCACGCGGCCGAUAUGGAGCAUGACCUUGUUAAAAAAGAAGCUGAUGGCCCCAGCUUCAGUGAGUCACAGCAGCGAGCUGAGUCAGAGUGGGCCAGUGACUCGCAGGCGCAAAUGCGGGAUCCGCCAUCGGUGAACCUGAGGCAGCUGCCAGGGAAGCGGACUCAUUCCUGCCCACAGUGCGGGAAGACCUUCUGCCACAUGUCCCGGCUGAAGAUACAUCUGCGAAUUCACACGGGAGAGAAACCGUACAGCUGCGCCCUGUGUGGAAAACGCUUCAACAACGACGGCACUCUCAAGAACCACCAGAGGGUUCACACGCAAGUGCGACUCUACAGCUGCACGCAGUGCAACAUGAGGUUUAAGGACGCCUACACCUGCAAGAAGCAUCAGAAGGUCCACACGGGACUGCAGUCGUACUGCUGCCCCCUCUGUGGGCUGCAACUUAAUGAUGCAGCAAGUCUACAAAACCAUCAAAGAAUCCACAUGGAAGAAAGGCCGUACUGCUGCACCUUCUGUGGGAAGCAGUUCAUGGCUUUAGGCAAACUGAAUAAGCACCUGAAAAGUCACAGCAGGGAGACGACAUACAGCUGAACCCUCUGUAUUCAGUUAUUGUGGCUUACAAAGUUUUUUGUUUUGUCCUCAAAUUAAGACUUAAUAAAUUGCGCUACACAGAAGUAUGGCACCUUUCCAGCAUUCUGCCUUCCUAAUAUGGGAAGUGAGUGUGCAUAUAUUACUGUUUUUAUGGUGUUACUGGAAGUACCGAGCUCCCAGGACACAGCGGGGAGUCUUGCUUUUUUGCAAAAAAUGAUGGGAGGUGCACUGGUUCUAGGCUUUCUUGUCUUUUUAACCAGCCCUGCUGCCUUUGGAAAUCCUCCACCUUUUGCUGUUUUCUUGAGCUUUAACUUUGUUGCUUAUUGAGCAUAACUACAUGUUUAUGUUGUCAGGAUUUGUCUUUCUCUGAGUGGGACCAUCGUCAGAUCCGUCCCUCCAUCCUGACUGGACUGGCACCAUUAAGUGAAGCUUAAGCGAUGUGUAGCAACUGUCAGCGGGACACGUUGCAGUGCCCAGUUUCUCCUAAUCUGACUGAAGGCAGUUUCAGAGGAUGGUGAUCCAGUUGCAGUUUCAGAGGAGCUGCAGGGAGGGAGGCAGAAGCUGAACUGAAAUCCUGUGCAUCAGUGUUUCAUCAUAAACGAUAACUUUAGGAGCAGAGCCGUUCAGCAUACAGAAAACCCACAAAGGUUGGCAGUUUUUACUUCGGGCGAAUCAGCCGGCGAGCUGCUGUGGAGCAGCAGAUGCUGUGGUUACUCACCUCAGCAACACGAGUUACCUUCACCUAACUGUUGUGGGUGAAUGAUCUGUCUGCUGAACUGGGUGUCUUAAUUACAAUGAAGAAAUCAGUAUUUUAGUUAUGGGAAUCCCCUUCAGGAGGAACCCCAGCCUCAUACCCUAUGUUGCCAGAGAGAGGGUCCAGGCCCUUCUGCAACCCUGAUCAACUGUGGGAUGGAUGGAUGGAUGGAUGGAUGGAUGGAUGGAUGGAUGGAUGGAUGGAUGAAGUCUUCACCCUAAUGGUUUUCUAUAUUUGUUCAUCUGUAAUAUUUCAACAUGCAAAUAAAUUAAUAUGAACACAAGGUGUGUUUUCUAACCCUAAACCCACAGGUCUUUCACAUCAUUCAUAUGCAUUUUUCUUCAGCCAGAAAGACUUUUUUUCUGAAAUUGAUCCACGUAAAUUAAAACACAUUGAAUCUGCAGGGGGAUGAUUCGCUGUUGUGGAUUCCAGGCAUGCUCUUGUCUCCUGCCUUCAGCUGUCUGCUUUUUAUGGUUAGCAGGGGGAAAAACGUGCGACUGCAUCAGGAUCUGUGUGAUGCUGUGGUGAGUGGAGGACCUUUAAUCUGCAGGAUGUGUGAAUGUAUUAAUGUGUCUGCAUUAAACAUGUACGUUUAAACGAA